AUGGACUUCUCGGUGAGCGGGGUGGCUCAGAGCUGCUGCCCGGUCUCCAGCAGAGCCUGUGCCGGUUGCUCCUCCUACUCCCAGGGUAAGUGCCAGAGUUGUGCGGAAGGCUUCUUACUUCGGGAAGGCGCGUGCACAGCCUGUUCGAGUGCCGGUGGCUGGCUGAGCCAGGAUGGCAAGUCCUGUUUUCAGCUUGAGGCCUCCGAGUGCAAUGAUGUGAAGGUGAGGGGCCAGUCUAGCAAGGAGGCCUGCUGCCAAUGUGGCGGUGGGGUGGUGACGCCCACGCCUUUCUCCUACCCGAGUCGGCGUUGGUCGCUUGACUCAGAGAUUGUCCUGAUGCCCGAGCCCCGGACUGCCGAGCGCUACACCGUGGAUGCCCAGUGUGAGCUGGCCAUGCACAACCUGACCAUGGACAGCAGCACAGGGAAGAUCUUCUACAUGCCCGGCCGCUCGAAGCCCUUGGAGGCUUUCGCCUUCGAAUGCGAGGUCACGGCUCAUGAGGCCCCAGGGGUGAUCUUGGCCUCCGUCGUUACGGUGGCGGCGGAUCUCCUCAGCUACAGCUCCGCCACCUUGCUCUUCCACUCCGGCGCCGCCCCGGAGGUGCCUUUGGUCACGGGCGCUGGCUGGUCCAAGUUCGAGCUGGGCUGUGCUCCGGAGGUGGCUUGGUUGGGUAUCGAUGCGCAGACGGGGGCCCUGAGCUUCUUGCCGCAGGGCUCCGCGGCUGGUGGCAUCUCCGUGGCAGACGACAAGUUCUACGGCCAGGAUGGGGCAGUCUGCGCCGUCACCGCAUGGCAGGCCAAGAAGCAGCACAAGGCGUCAUUCGUGUCGAUUCGGCCACGACCAUGGUCCGCAUUUGAGUACGACCUCGCUGCUGUGGCCGUUAGCAUUGGAGAGGAGCUGCAUCCGCUCCUGCCGAAAUCCCACACCGAGCAGGGCCUAAUGAAGCCAUGGACCUACAACAUGGCAUGUGACGUCAGUGGCGCUGACGCCCAAGUGAAGUUCUCCUUUGACCGCGUUUUGAGUAUGGGUCUCCUUGCGGGUCAUCCCAUCCUCGACAUUGGCCCAGAGGGGGAGAUCACCGUGGCUCCGUCUCCAUCCCUGGGCCCUGCUCAGCAACCAAGCUACAGGACCAUAUCUUUGCAGCAGGCUGUAACGCUGGAUUGCCGAGUCUUCGGCAUCUUCCCUGAUCCUGCACUUCCCCCGGUGGAGACCUCCCUGUCCAUCGAAGUGCAAGAUACCGUUUGCUGGGUGCCGCAGAGCGUCAAGGCGGGGAGAUGUGGGGUGUAG